AUGUCUAAGACACUAUUACUAAUCCGCAUCAUUCUCACUGUCUGGGUUUCCUGUGCUCAUGGACAAGGUAAAGCUUGUAAUUUUCCAGAAAUAAAACAUGGAAGCACAUAUGAUGAAAACAGAUAUAAACAAAGCUUCCCAGUUGCUAUGGGAAAGUAUUUCUACUACUCCUGUGAUUACAGUUUUGUGUCUCCUUCAUAAUCACUCUGGACUCCAAUAACGUGUACAGAGGAAGGAUGGUCACCUACACCAAAGUGUCUCAGACAGUGCUUUUUCCCUUGUGUGGACAAUUGUCAUUCUGCAUCUUCAGGACAAACACACCAGGAAGGUGGCACUGUGCAAAUCGUCUCUGAUUCGGGCUAUAGCCUUCCAAAUAAUCAGAGCAGCAUUACAUGUGUAGAAAGUGACUGGUCCAUUCCUCCUAAUAGCAGGCAUAUCUAUUCUACAGAAAAGUGCGGACCUCCUCCAUCUAUUAGCAAUGGAGAUAUUACUUCUUUUCUAUUAAAAGAAUAUCCUACAGGAUCAACAGUAGAGUAUCAAUGCCAAUCCUUCUAUAAACUCUGGAGCUCCAAAGAUAUUACAUGUAUAAAUGGACAGUGGUCAGAACCACCAAAAUGCUUGGAUGCGUGUGUAAUAUCUGAAGAAAAUAUGAAUAAAAAUAACAUACAAUUCAGACGGAGACUUGAAAGAAAACUUUAUGCAAAAACAGGAGAUAUUAUUGAAUUUGUAUGUAAUCAGGGAUAUAAUGCAGAGACAUCAAGACAACCAUUUCGAGCAACAUGUUGGGAAGGGAAGCUGGAAUAUCCCAGAUGUAAAAACAAUUAG